AUGCAGGACGGCGGCUACGGCGGCUUUUCGACCGGAAGCUAUUCAAGCGCUGGAAGCUUUUCAAGCGCCGGUGGCUAUGCUGGUGGCUAUUCGACCGGCGGCUUCACUGGCGGCUAUGGUGGGUCGUGGACUUCCUGCGAGGAGAUGUAUUGCUAUGGCACUGCGUACCUUGACAAUGGGGAGGUAGACUGGGAUGCGACUUAUGCCGCAAACGUCACCUGUUCAACCUAUGAUAAGGGAUGCCCCUGCAACGAGAAGUGGGAGUUGGCAUGCGAGAGCUAUGGCAUGAAGGUGUGCAUUUCCAAGUCUGAAGGCUGCUACGACCCCUUCGACGUGACCUGCACCGACCAGGAGCAGCUGUGCAAAGACGAGUGGUCCGCGUACUGCUGGGACAAGUCGUGGGGCGGCUGCCCUUUGUACUGCGGGGCUGAGGAGACCUACUGCUACCGCUACAUCUACGAUGCGACAGGCGAGGUCAAUUGGACAGCGCCGAUGACGGAGUUCUGUGGCAACGUCACCACGGGCUGUCCAUGCGAUGCAACAUGGGAGCACAAGUGCACGGACGCGGCGUAUGGGUACAGCUGGUGCAAUCCCAAGUCUUCUCCCUGCCCAAUCACUUGUGGCAUGGAUGAGCAGGUGUGCUACACAACGCCCUACGACAGCGAGGGAUAUCCCGAUUGGACGGCACAGGGAACCCAGUCCUGCCAGAGCCAGUCCAGCACUUGCCCCUGCGAUCCGAACUUUGAGGAGCUGUGCGACACCGAGUGGGGCUCAUACUGCCAGACCAAAGUCUAUGGCAGUUGCCCCAUCAGCUGCAGCGAGGAUCAGAUUUAUUGCUAUGAGACCCCCUACGACCAGUCCGGGAAUAUGGACUGGAAUGGGGUUUGGAAGGAGACAUGUGCCAGCAUCACGGACGGGUGCCCAUGCAACGAGCAGUGGGAGAAGUCCUGCGGCACAGGCUGGUGCAUCCCGAAGUGGGACAGCUGCCCCAUUGAUUGCGGCGAUAACAUCAUGUGCUACCACUACUCGGGCAACCAGAGCUGUGCUACUUCUGCAGGCUGCACUUGUGAGGCUGAUGAGUACAGCUGCCAGGACUCCAUUGGCAAGUAUGAGUGCUACGCGAAGGAGUGGUAUCCGGAUGGCUGCCCCGUGGUUUGCACCGUGGAUCAGCUCUACUGCUCCACGGUAGGAUUUGAUGUGUCCGGCUACAUGACGUGGUCGACCUUUUGCAAGGACAGGACCAGUGAAGAUGAUUGGGACUGCCCGGUGGAGUGCGACACGACAAGUGCCAAGAAGUGUGGCACUGGCAUGAACGCUUACUGCAUCUCCAGCAGCGACGAGUGCCCUGCCGAAUGUACUUCGCAAGAGCAGUUGUGCUGGGUCGCAGACUAUGAUGCUCAAGGUUCCUACGUCACUGGCUCUGACCGUUGCGCUCCAGCAGAUCAGGAGUGCCCUUGUGGAGCCAACUCCGUCAAAUGCAGCAUGGAUGGCUGGUCCUACUGUGAAUCUACCUACUACGGCUGCCCUGUGAUCUGUGGCGCGGAUGAGAAGUCUUGCUAUCCCGUGUCCUUUACGCCUGAAGGCGAGUAUGCCACUUGGGCUCACGAGCAUAUGCUGGACUGGCAAACCCCGGUGACCGAAAGCUGUGUGGCCAACACAGAGACUUGUCCCUGCGGAGCCAACGCCAAGCCCUGCAAGUGGACGGAUGAGUACGGCUACGAGCUGGAGGAAUGCUUUCCCGACGCCUGGAGUUGUCCAGUAAGUUGCAAAGCGGAGCAGAAGAAGUGCUACAAGACGGACUACAAUGCCACAGGCUACCCGACUAUGUACUCGGAGACAUGUGUGGAUCAGGGAACGAGCUGUCCUUGUGGCACGCACUCGCAGAAGUGCCACGACCCCUACAUGAACGAAGACCUCUGCUAUCCCACCUGGGAUUUCUGGAUGAACACCCGCUACACCUGCCCAGUCUACUGCAAGGACAACGAAGACUACUGCUACGUCCCCAGCUACGAUGCUCAGGGAGACUGGAUCAGCACCAAGGAGACUUGCGUGCCAAGCGGCCAGAAGUGUGACUGCUCACAGGGCCAGAAUGCCUUCGAGUGCACCUUCAGCGACCCGUGGUAUGGCUCCUGGUCCGAAUGUCUCCCGAAGGUCGGUGGCUACUGCCCCGUGACGUGCCCGGAAGGCAAAGUCGCGUGUGACAUGGUGGUCGACUACUUGCCCAACGGCACAUCGUUGGGAUACUUCCAGCCUCCUGAGCAGUGUGCCGACAGCUUCGACAAGUGCCCCUGUGGCAAGGAGGCCGAGCGCUGCAACAUGGUGGGAUGUAGACCGGCCAGCGAGGGAUGCCCCAUUACCUGCACGGCAGAGCAGAAGAAAUGCUACCUCACUGAUUUCAGCGAUGCUGGCAGUCGCAUCAGUGACCGGGAGGUCUGUGUCGCGUCCGAUGCUACUUGCCCCUGCGGCAAGAACACCGCCAAGUGCCCUGGAAGCGACGUUUGCGUGCUCCCCAGCGAGAAAGCCCUGAUCUGUCCUUGCAAGGAGUCGGAAGAGGUGUGCACUGUGCCAAACUACGACACGUACGGCAAGAUCACAGAUUGGGAGACGACCUGCGCCAAGUCCGGCAAGGCUUGCCCCUGCGGCAAGAACACCGUGAGCUGCCCGGAUCCCAACGACGCAGAGAACAACCUCUGCUCUCCAAAGUUCUACCACAAGAAGUGCCCAGUGCCGUGCACGGUCGACCAGAUUCAAGCCGGCAAUGCCACGUGCUUUCAAACCAACCUGGACUCUUCUGGCAACUUCGAGUCGGAGACCGUCACCUGCCUUCCUCCAGGAGAGAAGUGCUCCCCGGGCAAGAACAUGAAGCGCUGCCCCUCGGGGGCGGUGCUUCCAGCCGCUUCGAAGUGCGUAAACUUGUACGGCACUUCCAAUGCAACGGCGGUUGAUGCCACUCAGAAGGAGACCACCACUGUGUACAUCACUCUGACAGGAACAAGCGACAAAGCUGCGGCCAACUCUGACACCUCCAGGAUCAAGCUCAACAGCGCGCUGCAGUUGCCUGCAGACCUGGUGUCCACCAUGUCCAUUGCUACGGCGUCCUCUCGCCGCCUGAGCGGACGACAGCUGGCAGAGGCCAAGCCGAUUCUGGCCUUCACCGUGUCGAACACAGGAAAGAGCUCCGUGUCCCCUUCUGCAGUGGGCGAGCAACUGAAGCAGAUGGUGACCAGCAGCAAUCCGGAGCUGACCAAGGCUGUGAACUCUGUAGGAAGCAUCGACGCGAAGGCCGGUGUCAACGUCGACCAGUCCAGCAAGAAGGUCGUGACCCGGACGCAGACUGCCAAGGACAAGCGAGCUGCGCAGGCUGGCAUUACCACAGUGGCCGCAACAACUUCUAAGGCCCAAACUGCGUCGGCAAGCACAACGAGUUCAACUGCCGGUUCCACUGGCAGCAUACCAGGCAGUGGUCAAGUUGACAGCGGGCAGGCGAGUAAAAAAGUAUCGGCACUGGCGUUGCUUGCAGCACUUGUUGCUGCCUAUGCGUGA